UAUACUGCUAUGUGUGGACCUUUGCAGUAUAUCACCUUUUUGUAGUUUCUGACUUUUUCUCUCUCUCCCUUUUUCAUAGGACCAGGAAGAAAACAAGGGAGCAACAAGUUGGCCUGAGUUCUACAUUGAUCAGCUCAAUUCCAUGGCUGCUAGGAAAUCUCUGCUGGCUCUAGAGAAGGAAGAGGAGGAAGAGAGGAGUAAAACCAUCGAGAGUCUAAAGACAGCCCUGAGGACAAAGCCCAUGAGGUUUGUCACCAGAUUCAUCGAUUUGGAUGGCCUGUCAUGUAUUCUCAACUUUCUGAAGACUAUGGACUAUGAGACCUCUGAGUCUCGGAUACAUACCUCCCUCAUUGGCUGUAUAAAGGCUCUAAUGAACAACUCUCAAGGCCGGGCCCAUGUCCUGGCUCAUUCUGAGAGUAUUAAUGUCAUUGCUCAGAGUCUGAGCACAGAAAACAUUAAAACAAAGGUGGCCGUGCUAGAAAUCUUGGGCGCCGUGUGCCUGGUUCCUGGAGGUCACAAGAAAGUUCUGCAGGCUAUGCUGCACUACCAGAAGUAUGCCAGUGAGAGAACCCGCUUCCAGACAUUAAUUAACGACUUGGACAAAAGCACUGGGCGUUAUCGGGAUGAAGUGAGUCUCAAGACUGCCAUCAUGUCCUUCAUCAAUGCAGUGCUAAGCCAAGGAGCCGGAGUGGAGAGUUUGGACUUUCGACUCCAUCUUCGCUAUGAAUUUCUGAUGUUAGGAAUUCAACCUGUUAUAGAUAAAUUAAGGGAACAUGAAAAUUCAACAUUAGACAGGCAUUUAGAUUUUUUUGAAAUGCUCCGAAAUGAAGAUGAACUAGAAUUUGCCAAAAGAUUUGAACUGGUUCACAUAGACACAAAAAGUGCAACUCAGAUGUUUGAGCUGACCAGGAAGCGACUGACUCACAGUGAAGCCUACCCUCACUUCAUGUCCAUUCUGCACCAUUGCCUCCAGAUGCCUUACAAGAGAAGUGGUAACACAGUUCAGUACUGGCUGCUGCUAGACAGAAUCAUACAGCAAAUAGUUAUCCAGAAUGACAAAGGACAAGACCCUGACUCCACACCUUUGGAAAACUUUAAUAUUAAGAACGUCGUAAGAAUGUUGGUUAAUGAAAAUGAAGUUAAGCAGUGGAAGGAACAGGCAGAGAAAAUGAGAAAAGAACACAAUGAGCUACAACAGAAGCUGGAGAAGAAAGAGAGAGAAUGUGACGCCAAGACCCAAGAGAAGGAAGAAAUGAUGCAGACCUUAAAUAAGAUGAAAGAGAAGCUUGAAAAGGAGACAAGUGAGCACAAGCAAGUCAAGCAGCAGGUGGCAGAUCUCACAGCACAGCUCCAUGAGCUCAACAGGAGGGCUGUCUGUGCUUCAGUCCCAGGAGGACCCUCACCCGGAGCCCCAGGGGGCCCCUUUCCUUCCUCUGGGCUAGGAUCUCUUCUCCCUCCCCCACCACCCCCACUUUUAUCAGGUGGAGCCCUUCCUCCUCCACCUCCUCCCCUCCCUCCUGGGGGUCCUCCUCCUCCCCCAGGGCCUCCUCCCUUAGGGGGAAUCCUGCCACCUCCUGGUGCUCCAGUGAGUCUGACACUCAAAAAGAAAAAUAUUCCCCAGCCCACCAAUGCACUGAAAUCCUUCAACUGGUCUAAGCUGCCUGAGAACAAAUUGGAAGGAACAGUAUGGACCGAAAUCGAUGAUACCAAAGUGUUCAAAAUUCUAGACCUUGAAGACCUAGAAAGAACUUUCUCUGCCUACCAAAGACAGCAGAAAGAAACAGAUGCCAUUGAUGACACACUGAGUUCCAAAUUUAAAGUCAAAGAACUGUCAGUGAUUGAUGGUCGGAGAGCUCAGAAUUGCAACAUCCUUCUGUCGAGGUUGAAAUUAUCCAAUGAUGAAAUCAAGCGAGCGAUCCUAACAAUGGAUGAACAGGAGGAUCUGCCCAAGGACAUGUUAGAACAGCUUUUGAAGUUUGUUCCUGAGAAAAGUGACAUUGACCUGCUAGAGGAACAUAAACACGAGCUGGACCGGAUGGCCAAGGCUGAUCGCUUCCUGUUUGAGAUGAGCAGGAUUAAUCAUUACCAGCAAAGACUGCAGUCAUUGUACUUCAAGAAGAAGUUUGCAGAGCGUGUGGCAGAAGUGAAGCCCAAAGUGGAAGCGAUUCGUUCUGGCUCAGAGGAGGUGUUCAGAAGCAGCGCCCUCAAGCAGCUCCUAGAGGUUGUUUUGGCUUUUGGAAAUUAUAUGAAUAAAGGACAAAGAGGCAACGCGUAUGGAUUCAAAAUCUCCAGCCUCAACAAGAUCGCCGACACAAAAUCCAGUAUUGACAAGAACAUUACCCUUUUGCACUAUCUAAUAACUAUUGUGGAGAAUAAGUACCCCAAAGUCCUCAAUUUACAUGAAGAAUUGCGGGAUAUUCCUCAAGCAGCCAAAGUCAACAUGACUGAGCUGGACAAAGAGAUAAGCACCUUGAGAGGCGGCCUGAAAGCAGUGGAGAUGGAGCUGGAGUACCAGAAGUCUCAGCCCCCCCAGCCUGGAGACAAGUUCGUGUCCGUUGUCAGCCAGUUCAUCACUGUGGCUAGCUUCAGCUUCUCAGAUGUUGAAGAUCUUCUGGCGGAAGCUAAGGAGCUGUUCACUAAAGCAGUGAAGCACUUUGGGGAAGAGGCUGGCAAAAUACAGCCAGAUGAGUUCUUUGGGAUAUUUGACCAGUUUCUUCAAGCUGUGGCAGAAGCGAAACAGGAGAAUGAGAACAUGAGGAAAAGGAAAGAGGAGGAAGAGAGGCGGGCUCGCAUGGAAGCUCAG